AUGAGAAACAAGCGAUUUCCCGAGGUCUAUCUUGACAAUGAUCUCAACAUUCGCAUAGCAUAUGAGGAGCAGAAAGACGGUACAGCAAUUUACUACAGGGUAAAACGUUUGGCAAAACCAGGACAAGUCCUCUCGUCGGAUAAAAAUCGUUGGGAAAAACUACUCCAUCUUUCUACUGAAGAUUCACUUAGCAAUGCAUUUAUGGGCUUUGAUAAAGCAAACAAGAAUGUCUACUGGCUCUGGUCAGACAGCACUAGUGAUCUGGAAAAGGUGGUAAAGUUUCCCAUAAAUAAUGCAAAGAAGCGGAUCACUGUCUUCCAGCCGUCCAAGGGCGGUAUUGGUUCAGUGUUAUGGAACUACACAGAUAAAAGUGUCUUAGCUAUUACUGAGGUACGUCAUAGCCCAUAG